CCUCAACUAGCUACCACCCCAGAAGCCUCAUUCUCUGCUCAAAUAUUCCUAAAAAAUGGGCUCCAAUGCCCCGAUUGUCUGUGUGGUAGUGUUCUUGUGUAUGAUCGUGCCAAGCUUGGCCACUGUUUACACCGUCGGAGACUCCAGCGGUUGGGCAAUUGGUACUGAUUAUAGCACCUGGACUAGCGGCAAGACCUUUGCAGUUGGCGAUAGCUUGGUGUUCAAAUAUUCAGCUGGACACACCGUGGAAGAAGUGAGCGGAAGCGACUACAACAGCUGCACGUUGGGUAAUUCCCUCAGCACGGAUAGCAGUGGCUCCACCACCAUCUCUCUGAAAACUGCCGGGUCUCACUACUUCGUUUGCGGCAUCGUCGGCCAUUGCGGGAGUGGCAUGAAGGUUGCUGUGACUGUCGGCAAAGCAUCAGCCGCAGCCCCCGCAGCCCCGUCCGGAACGCCCUCAUCAGGAACGCCCUCAUCAUCAGGAGGUAAUACAACAGUUACCACACCCACAACCACCACCUCAACUGAUUCAUCUUCGGGGACUAGUCUCUCUCCAAUUAUGGUGGCCGUGUCGGUUGUUGUUACUUGGUUUGCUUUUUCUAUGUAGUUUUUAGACAAUCUAGCUAGCCAGGUUGGAGGCAGUGCUCUCUCUUUCUUUGUUUCCGUUUGUAUUGAGAUUUUUAUUGUUAUCUGAAUAGUUUUAUUUACACAA